GAGAAACAGUUUCUGUAGUUUUCUGGACGGAUACGUGGAAACCAGAAAGCUUUUUUGACAAGAUUCAGAAGAACAAGCAGAAUGGAAUGCACACGCUGUGCUUACUUGACAUAAAAGUAAAGGAGCAAUCUCUGGAAAACCUGAUGAAAGGAAAGAAGAUUUAUGAAUCACCACGGUACAUGAGUGUGAACCAAGCUGCAGAACAGCUUCUUGCCAUUGUUCAAAAUAGGAGGCUUCAAGGAGAAGAACCAGAAGUUACGGAGAACACACUCUGUGUUGGCCUAGCAAGGGUGGGUGCCGUGGAUCAGAAAAUUGCUUCGGGCACCUUACAACAGAUGUCCACAGUAGAACUAGGUGGCCCACUCCAUUCCAUGAUCAUAGCAGGCAAUAUGCAUCCUCUGGAAAUAGAUAUGCUUAAGCUCUGUGCUGUGGAUGAAUCUAGCUUUGAAGACAAUGAAUGUCAAAGGAACACUUGAAUAAAGAGCCUUUACCUGGCCCCUGCUUUGUGGCAAUUUUUAAAAUUUAGUUUUUCCAUCCUUACUUUAAGCAUACAAACAGCAUAAGUGGACUUAUACUCUGCUACCUACAACACUAUGGGAGCAUAAACAUUCCCUCUAACAUGAGUUCACAUACUCUGCAGAUGAAGACAUGGAACUGCAAGGAAAGUGUCCUGCUGGUUUCAGGAUCGCUUUUCAGGAAGGUUUCACAGGUUUGAACUCAUCAUGGUGAGAAGCUUCCCCUUCCUAGGGGCAUCAUGAAUGCCAGAAGACCUACCCCUGGAGGGGAGGAAUGGCCUCUGAUUGGGCAGUGCAGAGGGA